AUGGAGUUCUGGGGUGCGUGCUCUCUCCAUUUUGGAUAGCCGUCGUUCGGGUCUCGUUGUCGUGGUUCCUUCUGGUUUCCAUAGAGGUUCUGUUGGAAGGGGUGGGGUGUUGUCUCCUCAGUAAGAGUUAGGCCCCAUGCCUGGUCGUUUCGGUUCUUUCGUUGAUACAUCGAAUCGUGAACUGGCUCGUGCAGCUCCCACAGAAGGACUUCCAUUGUUAUUUUUUCCCCGGUGCUUCUUCUUCUCUUCUCCCCGUAGAAAAAGCCUACUCCCCAUUCACUAGAACAAUGGUCCCAUGCCCUGCUGCGACUUUUCUCCGUCGUUGCGUCGCGUCUGUCUUUCGCUGUCUUAGAUUCUUGUUCUGUUGAUUACUGUUGAUCUUUUGCUUACUUUUCUGGGCUUCCAUCCUCGCGUGUUUCCAUUAGUAGGAUUCUUCUCCUGGUACGCAGGCCAUUUUAUUGAAUCCCCAGUUUUGAUUUCCUGCAUUCUUUCGGUAAUGCUUGUAGUUUUAUUAGCUGGCGUAUCGAACAGCAGCCUUUUCUGCCUUUCUGCUCUACACUUCGAUUUAAUUUCCAAGAGAUGCCGUGGAAUAAGUUUGAAAUGUUCAGUAUUGAAUAUGAUAUCGUCUCUUCCUUUUCGUGUUUCUCCACGGUAUGCUUGCCUUCUUCUUAUUUUUCAGGCGCGCGUGAAAAAUGACCAUCAUUUAGCAUGUCUGACCUAGGCAAGGUGACGCUGAAUGAUUAUUAUCUUUGUUUUGAACGUUUAUAAGUAAGGGAUUUCUGUGAAAGGUUGUUAUUUGGUUUCGAUGGAUAAACUAAUCCCCAUUUACUCGCCGACAUCUUCGCUAUAAAUAAAAUUUAAUAGUGACUUAAUUGAAUUGGCCUAUAUUAAAAUUUACGAUGGACGAUUUGGUGGCCAAGGUGUUGCGAUAUACCUUAUAGUUAAGGUCUUUUGAAGUAUGAUUUCUCGCGUUUUUGUAUAUUCAGAUCUAUUUGGCAUGAUGUGAAGUUGACUAAAAUCUGUCCACUCUUCAGGUAUUGAGGUCAAAUCUGGGGAGACUGUCAAGUGUGAGCCUGGUGAUGAUAAGUUCUUGCACCUCUCGCAGGUUAUUAUAUUCGAUGAAAUAUAGUACUUGUGAUAAAAAGGCCCUGUUAGAAUUAUUAUAUGGCCUUUUUGAUCGUCUCUAUGAUGUGGAUCUUCAGGCCUCACUUGGGGAAACCAAAAAGGACAAAGGGAACGAAAGCAUAACAGUCUAUGUGAAGUUUAAUGAUCAGAAGCUGGUGAUUGGCAGUCUAUCUGCUGAGAAAUGCCCGCAGAUUCAGUAUGAUUUGGUCUUUGAAAAGGAAUUCGAGCUCUCCCACAACUGGAAGAAAGGGAGUGUCUUCUUUGUGGGCUACAAAACAGUUCUGGAUGAGGGAUAUCCUUUUUAUGAUCCUGUCUUUUAGGUUGACUUAUGUCAUAAUCAUAUCUUCUCCCUUAUGGUGUUUCCUUGACUCCCCUUUGCUGUUUCUUUUUCCACGCCUAGUGAAUUGACAGGUAGGCUUUUUUUCACUUUUUUUUUCUGGGAAAAUCAUUCGGUGUGAACUUAUUAAUGUGUUCUUCUCACACAGAUGAUUCUGAAUCUGAGUCUGAAGAGGAGAUUGCUGUCAAGAACGAAGCCAAUGGUAUGCUGCUUCUAUAAUCAGUAAUUGAAAUGUCCGAUUUAUACUGCUUCCAGACCGAUAUCUUUUCUUAUUCUGUGGACAGAUGUUUUGUCAUUAUCGUUUUCGGAACGACUAGCAGCUUUUUCUGUAACUUUAGAAUAUUUUGACAUAACUGUGGUAUUCGUGAUGUGGUUUCAGAGUUUUCUGCCCAUUCUUUCAACGUAAAUGUGACUAUAGCGCGUUUGGCAAUAACACAGUUUGCAGAUGAUUGCUGGUAGAUUAUUGUAGACUUUUCCCGAGGUAAUUGUUGUGUCAUCUUUCUGGCAUUUUGCUUGCGUAACCUGGUGAUAUUGUUUUAAGGUCGUCUGGCAGUUUCGGAGAUAACAAAGUCAUAUUUGAGUCAUGUAUGGUUUUCAGAGUGCCUUGAAUUUGCAUGUAUAUUAUUCCCUAUUUUCUGACACCCCCAAGAUCCAACCUGUGUGCCAUGAUACUCUAUACAGUCCUCUGAUUCAUUUAUCAUCCUCGUUUUUGGUCAUAGUUUUGUAUCUUAAUGUCCAUAUCUCGUGAUCUUGUCUAAUUUCUAUUAAUGUUUUUCGUGCUAAAUGGACUUGUUUCUUGAAGCAUUUUUUCUAACAUGUGUCAGGGAAACCGGAAUCUUCAAAUUUAUCGGCAAAACCAAAGGUGAACGCUCCUAAAACUGGUGUAGCCAAGCCAAGUAUUAAGGCGGAAGAAGAGAAGAAGGUGAAGAAAGAUGAUGCGGAUAAGGAUUCUGGUUCCGAUGAUGAUGAAGACGAAUCAGAUGAAGAUGAUUCUGAUGAUGCGGUAUGAGUAACUGGGUCGUGUAGAGGAUUUGAAUAUUUAAUCGUAUUAAUAUGAGUGUUUAUUAUAAUUAUUUAAUUUGCCAUCCUUUCUUAAAGCUUUGUCAUCCUCGGGUCGGCCUUUUUUUCUCUGCGGGUUCAGACAGGACCUGGCUUUUCCACCCUUCUGAUCUGAUUUAUAUGGCCGUUUUUAUUGCCAAUACUAUUGUUAAAUGUAAAUACAAUACUCUGUCCUUCAUUUGAUUAUCUUCGCCAUCUUUUCAUUUGGAGAGCGCAUCUUCUUUAGCGGGUUCGAGUGUCUUUCCAAAAUCGUGCGCGUAAUAUUUGAAAGAUGUAAAACUGUUGUAUUUUUUCCCACCAUGUUUUGAGCCGCUGUAAUUGUCGUACAACUAAUCCGUAGUGCCCCAGCUUCAAAACCAUUCUACACCGUCCAAAGACGUGAUAGGGUUCCGGCAAACAUGACGCCGCAUGUUCCAAACCUCUUGCAGGACAUGCUGGAUGGUGAGGGUGACAGCAGCGAUGAUGAGAACGAUGAAGACGAUAGUUCAGAUGAAGAGCUAGAUGCUACCCCAAAAGUGAGUAUCCUCUUGCCUUUUUUCCUUUCUGAAAGGCUCUUGUUCCUUUCUGAUAAUGUUUUCCGUGCUAAAUGGACUACUUUUCGGGUUCUCUCGCUUGCAUCUACGCAUUUAUUUAAUUAGUACUUCUGCCAAUUUUAUGUCUGCUGUUAAGGGUCACCAAUCAAUCCACAUUUGCAGGCCGAAGUAGGGAAGAAGAGGCCUGUAGAAUCUGCUUCAAAGAAUACUCCCGCCGCUGAGAAGAAGACCAAGCUGAUGACGCCAGUGGGCAGUCAGAAAACUGGUCAGAUAUGGACGCCCCUCCUCUUUCCUCCAGUUCAUCAUCGCACAAUCGCUCGCAUGUGCUGGAAGCAUCAUCCGCGUUUACUGUGGUAUUGCAGGAGGCGGCGACACCAAGAAAGGAGGCGGGCACACAGCGACCCCGCACCCUGCGAAACAGGGAGGGAGGACGCCUCCGACCAACGACAGAGCCAAGCAGCCACAGACCCCAAAGUCCGGCGGCGGAUCGGCUCGUUUCAACAACAAUAAAUCUGGUGGCAAGUAA